GCAGGGGGUGGCACUGGGGAACACCUUAGUGUAAGAUACGCGCUAUAAAUACUGCGCCGGGGAUGGGAGCGCGGCCACGGGCGGCGGGGAACAGCUCYGGACCACGGACUCUGAUCGCCAGCAGCCGCCGAGCCCAGCCCGCGGCGGAGGGCGGCCGGUGCCGCUAGCGCAGAGSMRGAGGAGGAGGAGGAGGAAGAGGUCGCCGCCGGAGGAGCUCCGCGGUCCGGUCCCAGUUGCUUCGUUGAGCACGCCCGCCCGGCCGCCAACAUGAUGCAGAUCUGCGACUCGUACAGCCAGAAGUACUCCCUGUUCAACGCCAUGAACCGCUUCAUCGGCGCCGUGAACAACAUGGACCAGACGGUGAUGGUGCCCAGCCUGCUGCGGGACGUGCCGCUGCUGCUGGAGGAGCUGGACGCGGCGGGAGCCGUGUGCCCGCCCCGGGAUGCUGCCCUGCCGCCCGGCGACCCCGGCGCCUACUUCUCCCGCAGGGACAUGUACAGCCACUACAUGCUGCUCAAAUCCAUCCGCAACGACAUCGAGUGGGGCGUGGUGCAGCCGCCGGCGGGCGAGGAGGCCGCCCGCAAGAAGGACAAGCUGGGCGGCGGGCCCGCCGAGGAGAGCGAGGGGGAGGAGGACCUGGAGCAGCAGUUCCACUACCACCUCAGCGGACUCCACUCGGUCCUCUCCAAGCUCACCCGCAAGGCCAACGUGCUCACCAACAGAUACAAGCAGGAGAUCGGCGUCAGCAGCUGGGGGCAGUGAGCGCCGAGGGGGAGCGGGGCAAGGGGCUCCCGACCCGCCGGGAGCGGCGCGUCCCUUCCCGGCGCUGUCGCUGCUGCGGUGGCCGAGGGCAGCGCCCGGGCCGAGGCUUUCCUGCGCGCUUCCGGGACUGCAGCAGGUUUUCUACCAACGCACAAGCGAGAGAAAGAGAUGUAAAUUAAUCAAUACUAGUUUAUUAAUUAUUUUGACCCCCUCCGUGUUUUCUUCGUUGUACGGUCUGGGGUGAGCAGUUGCUGUGCCCGCCCGGGCGGGGAGGCUGAACCCGUACGUGUACGAGAUGGUGGCAUUGCUGGCUGAUAAGGAGGCUCURCUCAAGCCGAUGAACAUAACGAAACUGGCACAAAAUUGCUUCUGUUACCCCGGAGGGAACCCAGUGAGCUAAGGAGCAUCCCUCUGUUGUGGGAGAGAUGGCGGGUCCCACGGUUGUACAUGUACUGGAGUUUAUUUAAAACUUUUUUACUCAGAUGUAGAGUAUAUUCUAAAAUAAAUGCAAAUGUAUUAACUAAGAGUGAACCUAAACUUUUGGUAUGAUUUAUCUUUCUUUAAUUAAAUGAUAUUUUUAACA